AUGUUUUAUACGACAAAUCUGUUGGUAACUAUAGUGGCGACGGCUCUGGUAGUGAUACUAUUACUGGACGUGACUUCGGCUCAAAUCACUUUCUCAAAGGACUGGCGUCCGGGCGGUAAACGUGCCGUUGAUAACUAUGGCUGUCAACAAAUGGCCGAUUUGGCCGUUAUUAAGAUACGGGAACUCAUCAGGAAGGGUCCUAUAUUUAUGUAUAUAAUGGUGACUAAAUCAGCUCAAGCGGCUUACUAUAGGACAAGAGAAUCAUUGAAUAUUCUUCACUGCGAGUCCGACAAUCAUAUGACUGCACCCAACGAUUCGGUCAAAUAAUUGGUUAUCAUUUGAUUGCAUAUUAUUUAUGUCUCUAAUAAUUAUUAUAUAAAUUGUC